AUGAAUCGACGAGCCUCCGUUGUUGAUCUCACUCAAGUGCCGCCACCUAUUCUCUUGCGCACCUCUGCUGAGAUCUCUCCAUCACUUACUGCUUCGCCUGCUCCCUUGAACUUAUCAGAGUCCUACGCAAUGCCCCGUGGUACCAAACGGAAGCGCCGUAAUGGAGAAGACGUGCCGGCUCGCUCUGAAGCCCCAAAUGAGGUGCAGAGUCCUAUCGAAGCUAUCGACCUGACAGAAGUUGAAGACUCAUCGUCGCUUGCUCAGGCUUUGGCCAAACAGCGUCAGGAUGCUAUUCAAGCUCAGGCGACUGAUGAAUCAGACAAGUCCCGGUCGCUCCUGGCUGCGUAUCAGUGUCCGGUCUGCAUGGAUAACCUGGAGGACGCCACCAGCACGUCAUGUGGCCAUCUCUUCUGCCAUAAAUGCAUCGUGGAUUACUUACAAUCCGUUGAGGAUCGGCGCGUGGAUCACACCAAACAGUCAAAAGGAACGUGCCCGGUCUGCCGAAAGACCAUCACGUCGAACGAUUCGAGUGGCCCUCGACGAAGCUUGAUACCGUUGAAGCUGAGAGUGAUCACGAAGAAACGUAACCGUGUUGCGCCGGGCCAGGCUUGA